AUAUAUAUAUAUCACAUAUGUAUGUAACGAAUAAAUUAUUUGAAGACGAAAUCAGAGGGAAACAACAUCGGCGUCAGCCAACUCAUACCGACUCUAACGUUUGUGCUUGGUGAAAUAAACUAUUUGAUACAUGUGAGGCCGGCGCUAAGGUAAGCCGCAUGUGUUUGAUAUAGCGAUUGGCUGUUACGAAUUGGAUAAACAGAAGAUAUUCGCCGUGAGAGAAAUCAAAACAAACAGAACAGCAGGUAUAGUUUAUGUGGCUUUACGGCAGCUUGUUCUUCGAUUUCAAAAUCAAAAAAGAUCGCCAAAUGAUGGAUGACGAAUAAAUGGUUGCUGUGAAAUCUAAUAUGUGCUUCCAGAUUGAAGCAGAAUUUCUUUGCUAUUAAUCACAAGAGUAGCAUAAAAUUAUGAUGUGUCAGGAAUAAUACACAUAAUUACCAACAGUAUCUUUGACGAUUCGGCCAGCCCAUUCUCUAAUCGUACGGUUUUCAAAAACCUGAUGUCUCCCUUAUAAGACUCUUCAAAAAAGGCAUUCUCUGAAGAUUCCUCGAGUAUUUGUACAAGGUUACACAAUUUAACAAUUUUUCCACCCUAUUCACAGCAUGGCGGACACGAUGAAUAAUACAGCUGUACCCGAAAAAGAAGCAGAGUACAGUGUGGAAUAUAUGCUUGGAUUUUUUGUUAUUGUUGGUGUGUUGGGUAAUGGUCUCGCAAUUUGUGUAUUUGCCAGAAAAAAAGAGAAAUUGCCACACACCAUAUUCAUUAUUACAUUAGCAUUCACGGAUUUUCUUACAUGCUCCAUAGUGGUUCCCCUGGCGAUAUACAUGAUCCAUAUGCGUUUUGAAACAAACUCUGAAGUGUUGUGCAAAGUGUACUUUUUCCUCAUUACAUCUAAUGUACCUUUCUCUGCAUUUAUCAUGGUUGCUAUUGCGGUCGAGCGCUAUUUGUCAGUAUGCCAUCCUUUUUUGCAUUUAAUGAAACCUAAAAGCACAAUAUUCACUAUAUUAACAAUGUUGUUAUUUGCAUCUUCCCUGGGUGUAAUGACCUCUUUGAUGCAUAGACCAAGGCCUGUUUCAUGUUCAAAUUCAUCGGAAAUGGAAGUACUUCAGAGUUUUAAUAUUUCCAAAGACAGUGCAUUGAAUAUAACUGACUUUAUGAGAUUCGACGAACAGGUAUUUAACGAUAAUUUCACCAAUAUUUAUUUGAACGCAUUAGACAAUGAAGAACAUUCAGAACAGUCUUGUACGAGAUAUGUCUGCAAAAUCACCUUCCACCUUUUCUCUAAAGACUUUGUAAAUAUAUAUCAGAAAGUAUAUGCGUCCCUUUUUUUGUUGUCUUUUCUCAGUACUUUGGUACUCUAUGGCUUGAUAUAUCGUUGUGUGUUUUGGCGCAGAGCAAAACGUUGGAAAUCUCAUCUGAAACAACAGCAGAUCCUCAGCAGCAACGGCGGCAUGUCCCAAACUGUGAACACCGUGGUGGACAAUGAAGUCACUGAAUUAACCGUCUUCAAAAACUCGCCUACGAACGCUGCAGCCGAUGCAGAUACAACAGUCGCAGGAAAGUCUGCUGCCAACGCUUCCAACCAUGAAACAGAAAUUAUUUUGAAGAAAGGUGCCAAAGCAAACACUUUAAAGCGGCAAAUUACAAUGAAAGACAAGAAUCGUUUCGCUAAUUUUAAACUUGCUGUUAUGCUGUUUGUGGUGAACUUAGUUUUCAUUUGUGCUUUCUUGCCAUCCUGGUUAAUGGCAAUCCAUAUAAUCAAAUUUACACCAAUUAUCUUCUACGCAUAUUUUUGUUAUAAUGUAGCUAACCCUGUAAUAUAUGCAUUCUUAAACCCCUCCUUCAGGAAAGAUCUUUAUGCAUUGAUGUGUUUAGUAGUAAAGAAACGCUCCGCCAGGCAAUAUAUAUGACACAAAACCGAAAUGAUGUCCGCUACUACAACAAUUUAUUAGCUACAGACUGCAUGCUCUCAACAAAUAAACAUACACAUCACCAAAAAUAAAAUUCUGAUGCUUGUGAACGUCAAUUUAUGUAUGCAUAUGUGUGACAAUGAGUAUGUGUAUGUCUGGUGUAUAUAGAAUUAUUAAGAACAAUAUGGGUUUAUCCCGAUCUGAACUGGAAUCUUGAACGACGUCAUAUAUAAACGAGAGAAGAUAUUUAUUAUUCAUUGCGUCAUUGGUAUAAUUGAUUUCACAUGGCACAGUUCUUCGCAAUUCCCCAGGUUAAGAAUAUAACAAACUGAAAUAUCUGUAUAUUGUUGACGCCACUGGAAUUUGCAGCAAUAAACUCUUACACAGCUGUGAAUAAAUAAUGAGGACAGGAAAACCAUCAAAAUUGUUUAUUUCCUGUUCAUAUUAACACAAGCAAACACACACACACACAAACAUGCACACAAAAGCACACACACAUGACAAACACGCACACACGCAAACAAACACGCACACACAAACACACGCACACACAGAAACACAUGCACACGCAUUCAAAC